AGAGAGAGAGAAAAAGAGAGAGAGAGAGAGAGAGAGAAACGAACCGAACGAAGGAUAGACGGCUAAUAGCAGUUGCGCCUCCAAGAGUGGAGGGGAUAAAAGUGUAGCGCGAAAGGGGAAGCAAUAGGGAGGAAGGCGAGAGAGGGAAAAUCUGUUGGACACGGUCGCAGAACCGUGCGUGCUCCCGUGCAGUACCGUGCUUUUCCGUACGCGUCAAGAUCAGCUGUGUGUGUGUGCGUCUCUCUAGAGGCCACGAGUCGAAGAAGAAAUGACAGCAGUCGAGAGAACGGCCGCGAUGCCCUUUUCGCUCUCGUGAGGGUGGGUAAAGCUUUUCUAAUUUCGAGAGAAGGCGGGCCAGACAUCUCUGUCACCACCCGCCGUUUUAACUUUACAAUAAGGCUCGAUCGAGAGGAUGAACGGAAGCCUGGGAAUACCUCGAGGACCCGAACAACAUCCACAGAGAUUCGCCGAUUAUUUCGUUAUAUGCGGUCUCGAUAAAGAUUCGGGCCUCGAACCGGACAAAUAUUUCGGAGACUCUUUACAAUGUACACCUCUGGAUCGAGCAUACAAGAGCAAAGUUUUAGGACAUUAUCCGGACUCAGUACCAUGGAAUCCAUUCGACGAGCAUGCAGUUUGUAUGCUUUGCCUACCAAGCGGUCUGAGAUUUCGAACACAGAAACAUUCAGUCGAGCCGACGUUUCAUUCGUUUGUCCUGACCAAAGAAGAUGGCCACAGAACGUACGGUUUCAGUCUGGUAUUCUACGAAGAGUGUCGUAAUCGUAAGAUAUGCGCUGCUAUGCAAACGUUGCAAGCGAUGCAUAUCACAGAAUUAAGUAGUGGUCAGAACGGUACACCGCCAACGGCGAGAAAGGGUCAGGAGGGACAUAAUACUAGAUCCUUGCCACGUCAUUUUAAAUUGUCAGCACACUCCCCGAGUGCAGCAUUAGCUUAUUACGAUUCAACCAAAGAUAAAUUAUUAGUGACCAAGUCAAUUUCUUUGCUCUGUCAACAGCCCUAUCUUCACGCGGCCAGAACGUUCCUGACCAAUCUAUACAAAUGUGUUCCUAGGCAUCCAGGACCUGGCCUUAGUUUAGAAUCAUACGUGUACAAUCUUUUGUACAAUGUACCAGUACCAUUACCUGGAAAAUCAUUAAAAUUUUUUAUACCAAACGAUGAGCCAGCUAAAGUUCCCUUAGAAUUGGUUAUACAUCAGCCUAUGCCAUCGCAAGAAUUACCAAUGUUGGAUUAUCCUUUGAAAGAUGUAUUUAUAUGGCUGGGGGCCGACUGUGUCAUACAGUUGUUCACUUGCGUCCUUUUGGAGAAUCAAGUUUUACUCAGAAGUUCGGACUUUAACAAACUGAUGGUAGUAUCCGAGUGUAUAACCGCCCUUUUGUUUCCCUUUUCGUGGCAGCACGUUUACGUACCUAUAUUGCCAGCCAGUCUACAUCAUUUCUUAGAUGCACCAGUUCCAUUUAUAAUGGGAUUGCAUGCUCAGAGCGAAGGUGGUGUAUUAAAAAUUGCUAGCGAAGCAAAUCUUUGUUAUGUAGAUAUAGAUAAGCAAAGUAGCCAAUUCCCGGAGGAGUUACCUGUAUUCCCACAUAAGAUACAGUUUAUUGCUGAGAUUAGAGCACUUUUAAAUAAGUACAAAGUACCACAAACGGGAAAGACUGAUAAUAUGUUCAUAAACUAUGUCAAUGGUGACAUUAUGACUAGCAGCUUGACUCUUCCUGGUUCUGGAUUUCACCUUCCACGUAGAAAGCAUUCGUUACAUGAUGUUUUAGAUUGGGACAGACCUGAUUCCACACCCCAAACAAAUGCUUUUCAACGAAUUGUUGAUAUAGUUAAGAGAACAGGUGUAAAUGUAGACGAUAUUGAUUCUGUGGAGGAUACUAUUAAUGAAAAAAUACUCACUCCCCAAGAGGAAUAUCAAGAAACUCUCAUUUUUAAUAAUGCCAUUAGAGAGAUUUUUUUGAAUCGUUUUGUACAAAUGUUUUGUAGUUAUGAACAUUUUGUUAUUCUACCAAGUCAAGAUAAAGACGAAUGGUUGAAUAAUAGAGACAGUAUGCAUGUCUUUGAUAAAGCAACAUUUUUAUCCGAUCAACCUGCGCAACAUCUACCAUUUUUAUCAAGGUUUUUAGAAACACAAAUGUUUGCUUCCUUGGUUGAUAGUAAAGUUAUGUCAACGUGGAGCGAACUCGAUUAUAAUAUCAAAGUUUUUGACGAUAGAAUUACAUUUUUAAAAAAAAAAGUUGGUGAAACUAUUACAAGAUCGACACGUUACGAGACAUGCACGAGCAUGACUGAAACACAAAAAGUUUUGGAACAGAGAUUAACCAACGUAGAUUUUGAAACCAAUCCACCAACAGAAAUUGUUCCACAUAGAGCUGCAUACUUCAGGAGUUUUCCUUUAUUAGAUACGGUCGCGUUAAACAAAGAACCUGCUCAAAGUAUACUUCGUAGUAGAAAAGGACAGACACAGUGGAAAUAUAAAAUGAAAUCUAUGGAGUCAAAUGGUAAAACAGCAGUACCUCAAGAAUCUCAAUCUCCACGACCACAAACAAAGCUCUCUGCGGAUAUGAGUCCAGCACUGAUAGCGCAAGCCAAUUGGACUUUCGUUGAAAAAUUGCUUAAGGAUUGUAAAUCUAAAACCAAAAGAAUGUUAGUCGAAAAAAUGGGCUCUGAAGCUGUUGCCCUUGGGCAUGCGAGUGAAUCUCUCUCUGACGUGGAAGAAAAUACGUUAGUAGCUAGCCUCUGUGAUUUAUUGGAAAGGAUAUGGAGUCAUGGGUUACAAAAUAAACAGGGCAAAAGUGCUCUUUGGUCUCAUCUUACAAUGUAUCAGGAAUUGGAGGAAUGUAAUGUUACAACUAAAACUAUAGAUCCCAAUUUUCUUUCUCCCGUACCCAAGAAAUCGCCAAAUAAACUUUUUGGGUUACCGGAUCGUUUAAUCGCAUCCUUAAAGAGCAGAAAUAUUUUUGAGAUUGCUUCCUAUAUCAAGGAGAAUUUUAAUGAUUUAUCAAACCUGGCAUUGGAGACUGAUAUCUCUCCAACAAGAGGAACGGAUAAGCACAAAUCUCCUGGGGAAAGAAGAGCUAUUGGACCGGAGCAUUUGCGACCUUUACCUGAAUCAUUGACUUUUGAUAUUCGAAAUAUCCAAGCAAUGACAGAUAUUAAAACGCACAUUGGAUAUGCCAGAGCAUGGGUGAGAUUAGCAUUAGAAAAGAAGUUAUUAUCUCGACAUUUAAAAACGCUCCUAUCUGAUACAGCACUUUUAAGGAGUCAAUAUAAACGAUCAGCAUUUUUACGCUGUGAGGAAGAAAAGGAACAGUUUUUAUAUCAUUUAUUGACGUUAAAUGCGGUCGAUUAUUUUUGCUUUACAAAUAAUUAUCCUACUACUAAGUUACCAUAUAGGGUUGUAAUAUUUCCAAGUCGUAAGGCAAGCGCAGCUACAACUUCUGCCAAUAGUUGGAUCGCUAUAUCUGGUACAUUGUGCGAGACUAAUCCUGUUCCAAUUCCUAAAGCAGCUCUAGAAUUUGUAUUUCACCAUAAAAAUUUAGGUGUCCUUUCGACUUUGCGGAUUGGUCAUGACAAUACUGGUCUUUCUCCUAAAUGGAUGGUAGAACACGUUGUGGUAAGAAACGAAGUUACAGGGCAUACAUUUAAAUUCCCUUGUGGGCGAUGGCUUGGUAAGGGCAUAGACGAUGAAUCUACUGAAAGAUUGCUAGUAGGUGCUUUAGUACCAAGUAGUAUUGAUAAUGAAGAAUUGGUAGAAUCGUGUUCGACUCCUCCAAGAUGUAGAUCUCCAAGUAUACCCAGACGACCUAUAUUAUCCGAAGUUGAAUUGCAACAUAUGCUUGGAGAAGCUGUAAAUGCGAUUGUCAAAUAUUAUUACAGAAGAGAGUGCCAAGAUAGUUCUCUAACUGCCUUACUUUGUGGAGAGGGUGGACUCGUACCUUCCCUUGAACAAAUCUUUUUAUUCGGUUUUAAAAAUCAAAGAAUAUUUGGUAGAAAUUUUUAUGUUUGGGACUAUCUUUUACGAGUAAAAGAAAACUUUGAGAUAUCUUUAUUAGAAGAAAUGGACGAAUACUCACAGAGAUUAAAUAGGAAUAGAAAAAUACAAAGUAAUCAGAGGUUUACUAUCUUGAGAUGUUACAGUCAUCUUAUUGAUCAGAUUAAUAUAUUUAGUCAAACUUUAGGAAAAGAUGGAAAGUUUCAGUUGUUCAUUUGUUUGGCAGCAAGAGAACAAUUGCUUCAUCCAAUGUUACGUCCGAUGAGCGAGGCACGUUCUACGUCGGAUAUGUACGAGGAGAAUUCGUUUUUGAGAAAUCCUCAUCUCUUGACGUUUCUUAUACAUAUUCUUGAACCGCUUAGCGACUUCCAUAUUGUUCUUGAGAAAAGUUUGACUCAUGGAAUCUCUAGUAUAUGUUAAUCUGUUGUACAUUCCGUGUGUAUUUUGGAUGAAAGCUUCAUAAAAACGGCUGAACCAAAUGUGACACGAUGUUAUUGCAUUCAUUUUAUACACUGUUAAAGUCGAAAGACGAUAGGGAGACACCGGUGUUAGAGUAUAGGAUUCGGUGAAAUAAUUUGCAAAGAUGCAAAGAAUUUUAUUAUUACAAUAUUAUAUAUAUAAAAUUGAAUAUUAAAAAAAAAAAAAUGAAAAAAAAAAAAGAAAGAAA